AUGGAGAAUAUUCAUGCCCAACAACAUCAUAAAGAAGCGAUCAAACCCCAGGAGAGGAGGCAGAGCGACAACAACCUUAACAAGAAGUUUGUGGGAGUGAGGCAAAGGCCUUCUGGGAGAUGGGUUGCAGAGAUCAAAGACACAACACACAAAAUAAGGAAGUGGCUGGGAACCUAUGCAACAGCAGAAGAAGCAGCCCGGGCUUAUGAUCAGGCCGCUUGCCUGCUUCGUGGAUCGAACACGCGGACAAACUUUGUCACUCGUGUUCCUGCAGAUUCUCCCCUCGCUGCUCGAAUCAGAAACCUUAUUCUCAACAGCAAAAACUGCUCAAAACUUCGGCCUCAACCAAAAUCCUCCUCUAAUACUAAUGUCCUUCCUAGUAUUGUUACCAGAAGGAAUAAUUCAGAUGAUGAUUCUGUGUCUAAUGGGAAGAUUCCAGACACAGACAAAGAUUCGUUUUCUUAUGAUGUACAGACACAGUUUGAUGUUGCUACAUAUAAAGCCGAUGAUUUGCAAAGGUGUUCAUAUGAACUCCAAAAGGGCUCAUCAUCAUCGUCUUCUUGUUCUUCUUGUACGCUAUGGAGUUUCGAGAAAAGCAUUGAAUUUGGUGAAGAACUAAUAGAGUUUCCCAAGACUAGUACAGUAGGUGAAAUGGGAAUCUCAGAAUUUGAGAGAAUGAGGGUUGAAGAGUAUAUGCAAGCCAUCAAAGAUGCAGGUGAAUCCCUGUGGGAUUUGCCUCCCUUGUGUUCUUUGUCCAACACUUAUUAAACUGCAGAUUCCUAGCUAGAUGCUAAUGGGGAGUUCAUAGCUGCUAUCAUCAAUGGCCCUAUUUGCUGCAACUGGGAUCCUUAUGUCGCCAAGGCACUGGCUUGUAAAGAGGUGUUCUCAUGGUUUGACUGAGGUCAGU